AUGCCUACAUUCCGAAGUCAAGACAUCCCUGAUCUCCACGGCCAGGUCAUCAUCGUCACCGGGGGUAAUGUAGGGCUCGGGUACGAGACCAUCCGCCAGCUCAGCGAGCACCACCCAGCUAGGAUCUAUCUCGCGGCGCGAUCCCGCAGCAAGGCCGAGCAAGCCAUUGCAGACCUUGCCAAAGCCAACCCCAAUUCCGCAAGCAUUAUCCGUUUCCUCCCGCUCGAUCUUGCCUCCUUCGACAGCGUCAAAGCCGCAGCUGCAGACUUCCUCCGUCAAGAGUCCCGCCUCGACCUGCUAGUCAACAAUGCCGGAAUCAUGAUGACUCCGGAAGGUCUGACGCAGGACGGCUACGAGAUCCAGUUCGGGACCAACGUCCUCGGUCCCGCGCUAUUCACACAGCUUCUCCUCCCCACCCUCCGUUCAACCACAACUCUAAACCCCCAGACCCGGAUGGUAACGCUCUCCUCGGCGGCCCACGCGCGGGCACCCAGCGACGUCUACAACUUCGACGAGCUUCGCACGACCGCCCCCAACCGACAUACCACGGAGCGCUACACGACCUCCAAGCUCGCCAACUUGCAUUACGCGAGAGCCUUGGCUGAGAGGGAGACGGUGGUGAAAAUCAUCCCCGUGCACCCGGGCAUGGUCGCGACGAAUUUGCACCAUGCCUCCACGGGGACCUUCCUCAAGCCCUUCCUCUCUGCUGCGGUUUGCUUGGCAGCGACCCCAGUCGAGAAAGGCGCGCUCUCGCAGAUCUUUGCGGCGGUGAGCCCGGAGGCGAAACAUGGGCAGUACUAUGGGCCCAUCGGGAAGGCAGAAGCCGGGUCUAAACUCAGUCAGAACCAUGACCUUCAGGAGGAGUUGUUCAGAUGGGUACAAGGGGAGCUUGUCGGGCAUGUUGACACCAUUUGGUAA